AGAAAUUCUGGUGGGCAUGGUGAUGACACUGGUAUUUGGGGAUUAUAAACAUGGGAGAGAAAAGAGAGAGAGAGAGACACACACACACACACACACACAGACCGCAAGGCCCAUCACCACCAAACCCACUACUCCGUUUCCACCAUUUCCGUUUUUUCUCCUUCUUCCUCUUCUUUCUUUCAAAGUUUCAAGUUUCAACCAAAAAACAAAAAACAGAGAACCAAAAAUAAUAAUAAUAAGCCCCUUCCUUCGAUCAUUUUUUUUUCUGGGUUUUUAAUUUUGUGGGUUUGCAGAAAAUUAUUAUAUGAUCUGAAGGUAGCAAUUGCAUGGAAGAUUAUUGAGAUGAAUUUUUUAAUUAGAGAGUUUAUUGGUGCGUCCAAUAGCAAGCGGAGUGUGAUUAUAUUUGUUUUCGUCAAGUUUUUUUAAUUUUUUUUUUUUUAUAUAUAUAAUCUUUAUUAUAUGACCCUGUUGCUAUUGGAUGAUUUUCAUGAUCAAGCUUUGAUUUUGGAGGACUUAAUUUCAUUCUGCUUUGAUUGUGGAGGACUUAAUUUCAUUCUGCUUUGAUUGUGUUGAUUGCUUGAGGAAUUGUGUUUCUGUGAAUUUUCGAAGUUUGAAUGCUUUUCACUAUAACUUCCUCUCUUUUUUAUUUUAUUUUUAUUUUUUGUGUUUAACAUCGUUGGAACUAAUAAAAUGACUUAAGCUUCUUGGGAAGAUGUUGGGAUAAAUUUAUGCCAUAUAAGCAACCCCUUUUGAGUUUUCUCCAUUAUCCCUGUUUGUUGAUCGUUUCGAGGAAAGCAGAUUACUCGAUUUUCAUUUGGGUUGAGAAUUUUGGUCCAGAUCAAUGGUCAAGUGGAGAAUUUUCUGCUUUUGAGCUGGAUUGGUUUACAUUCCUCCUAUCGGGGGGGGGGGGGGGGGGGGGGGGGCAACUUUUCUUUUAGAUUUCCAUGAAUGUAUAGCUGCAUUUGAGAAAUUUUCCUUUUAUUAAUGUUCUUCCUUUCUUUGGUGUCAUUGAAUAUGUUGCUUUAUUGCCAAAUGCAAGUUAUAACAUGACUAGCUUAGUUUCUUGUAUAACUAUGUUGAUCAAUCUGAGCACUGUGGUUCUCUGUGCAUUUGAUGAAAUGGGAGGUGGGGGAGUCCAAAUGGGUCAAAUAUUGGGCUUCAUUAGUCUAAGAGAAUGAUGUAAUUAACAGAAGAUUUCUUUUUUGUGGUUCCACCUAUUCAGAUGAACUGAUUCAAUUUAGUUUUGGUUUGCCAGGUGUAGUCAUUGAUUAUUUUGGCAAUCAUGAAUUAUAUGUCUUCCAUGUCCUGCUGGCAUAGAGGUCACAACAUCUGUGUUACCUGCGGUUUUUGGAUGCCUAAAAUGUUCUUCAAUAUCCCUUUGCAUCUUGAUGUGGGAGAUGUAGCUGAAAUGUUUGAAUUAUGGAUGCCUUUUGUGGACACAUAGUAUUAGAUUUUGAAGAUCACUUAUUUUUCUCCAUUGGUAAAGGAAAUUAAGCAUCAUUGAGUUUCUUCUUGUUAGCGUUUACAUCAAUAGCUUUUGAAGCCAAAAUUUAGUUGGUGUGUCAUUUGAAAUAACUGAUGUUCUCUGGAAUGACAAACUGAGGGGAGAGAGUGGGAAUUUCAUAAGCAGCAAAAUCAAACACAACGUACCCCAACUCUCCUCCCCAUCAACAGAAAAAGGAGUAAAAAGAAAAUAUUUGGGCUUUUUUUUUUUUUUUUUUUUUCUUUUUUUUUAAUUUCGAAAUUUAGGCAUACAUUUAUUUCUGCAAACUUUUAGUGAUGGGCCUGCCUCAAGUUUCCUCAAGUGGAACUUCUGAUGAAGCUGCAGCAUCUGCAUUGGGCACCUUUUUUCAAAGCCCACCUCGAUUCACAGAUGUGAGCAGAUGUGACUUGGAUGGCAUACAUGGUGAAAGUGGUAGCAGACUGGGGAGGAAUCCAAAAUGCUCUUCUUUGGGAGAUUUCCAAAGAAAAACCUUACUAGAUGUUUCAAAUUGCGUUGAUGACCCUUCUGAGUUUGGAGGGACCACAGAAGUUUCUACUAAUGUUCAUGGUUUGAGAAUUGAUUCUGUUGAAAACCCUAGUCAAUGCACUCCCAGAAGUGAAUGGAAUGUCCAUACCCCUGUUUCUAGGAUUGUGGGUUUUGAAUCAAGCAAAACUUGUUCUUUUAGUGAUGGUCACAAUGGUUCUUUGGCUGGUCAUGUUCAUUCUUCAACUGCAGUUACCGUCUCAGCUAAUGAAAUGAUGCCCAGUGGAUCACUAGUCAGGAAGCGGUUGUUAUCGCCAUUGAGUAGUAUGCUUUUUUCAGACCAAUUUGAAGGUCAACCUCUGGACCUUGGUUGCAGAAGUGUCCAAACAAAUUCUUCUGCUGCAAACGAUAAGUUUAGCACCUGUAUAGCACAAGAUCAUAAGAAAGCCAAUGUUGGAAGCAAAGACCACGUUGCCAUGCCAACCUGGUCUUUAUCUUCUUGCUUGGAACAGAAGGACAUGCGUGAUGAUAAUGGUAGUUUGGAAUCUAUUUUUUUCACUGAUGGCCCUUUGCUGGACAACAAGGAACCACUAUCUCAUAAUAGUUGUUUAUCUUUACUUGCAUUUGAUGAGUUCAAGGGAGCAAAAUAUAUGAGACCCCAAAGUGGGGCAAUAUCCAUCUCUCCAAGAAAGGUGCUUUCACCUCCGCUUUCUUUAUCACCUCUCGGUCCGAAGUUUUCUGAAAGAUUGAAGACUACAGAAGGAAUCAGAAAUAUUAAGAAAGAGCUGGAGAAUUGUAAUUCAAAAUUAAAUAAUGUAGAAGAAACAGUUGAUAUGUCAGAACCAGGUGUUAUCUUUACCCCUGAAGAAGAGGAAUUUAGAAUUGCGAGCAAAUCAUUUGAAGAAGUAGAUGUUUUUUACAAAGAGUUCCAUCCAUCUUCCCCAGAGAAUGGUAAUGGCAUAAAUUGGCCUUUCUCUCAAGGAUCAGCCCCUACCUCCCAAUGCAUGAGAUUUUUAAGAAGUUUGAGUGGACUCCCCAUUAGAAGAUCUUUGGUUGGUUCAUUUGAGGAAUCAUUAUUAUCCGGUCGGUUCUUAUCUGGAAAACUCAAUCAGAGAAUUGAUGGUUUUCUAGCUGUACUAAGCAUUACUGGAGGCAACUUUUCACCACAAUCUCAAAAGCUUCCUUUCUCAGUAACUAGUGUAGAUGGAGACUGCUAUUUAUUGUACUAUGCUUCCAUAGAUCUUGCGGGAAAUUCAUCGCUAAACAAGUGCAGAGAACAAAAACUGAAACGGGUCCUUAGCAAUGAUGAUUCACAAAGUGUCAAGAGCCGCCUACGCAUUCCCAUGAAGGGCCGCAUCCAACUGGUGCUCAGCAAUCCAGAAAAAACACCUCUGCACACUUUCCUUUGCAACUAUGAUUUAAGUGACAUGCCGGCUGGUACCAAGACAUUCUUGCGCCAGAAGGUCUCCCUAGCUUCGUCUAGCCCCACUUCUACACAGUUGAAACCAGGGAAGAUAAAUAUGGAUCCAAACCUUAUUAACAAGGAAGUAACGAAUGCAGAUGGAAUUGACAAUUUGGAUAGCAUAAAAUCUGUAGAUCUGAAAACUCAAUUAAGUGAAGCCUCUAAGUUAGUGGAUUUGAUAGGUAAAGGCAAUCUGUCCAAAUCCGAGAAUACGCGAAGGGAAAGUGUUCCUUCAUUCAAGCAGGAGAUGCAUGGCGACAUUGUCGGGGAUGGAAAAGAAAAAAACUGGGUGGAUACAUGCCAAGAAGUUGACAAGAAACCAGUACUUGGGUGUUCAAAGGUCAAUGAAACUAAUAGCGGUGCUGGUGCUCUUCGUUAUGCUCUUCAUCUCAGAUUCAUAUGUCCAUUUCCAAAAUGUACAAGGUCAAUGCAGAGAUGUAAAUCUGAUCCUCUAUCUAUACCAGAAAAAACUGGCUUAGACAUGGAUGGUGAGCGGAGAUUCUAUCUGUACAAUGAUUUGAAGGUCGUUUUUCCUCAACGGCACUCGGAUGCUGAUGAGGGCAAGUUGAACGUGGAGUAUCAUUUCCCGGAAGAUCCGAGAUAUUUCGACAUCAACUAAAUUGUCUAAUUUUUACCUUAAAAAAAAAAAAAAGGGAAAACAAAAAAGGAGAGAGAAGAAAAAGAAAGCCUUGUUUUUCUAGUUUACUGUACAUAUUUACAUGUUUUAUCAUGGAAAAAUAAAAAAUGGCACUAACCCAUAAUCCAAUUGAGUUUUGAAAGUAUAA